CUCCGACCCGACCGAAUCAAAAAGUAGCCGUUGCCCGCUCCCCUCCCGCACUUUACUCGCGCCCCAUUCCCAUGGACUCCGCCACCGUGGCGCUCGCCAGCCCCGCCUCCGACGACCGGCGGUUCUGGCACAGCCUCCGCACCCGCGUCGACACCAUCCUCGAGGAUCACCGCGUGCUCCCACCACCACCCGCCGCCGCCGCCACGCGCGGGGUGGAGUCCGAGCGGGGAAAGCGCCUCCGGGAGGACUCGCUGAUGCUCGUCCGUGGCCUGGACUCCGUCGCCGCGUCGCUGGCGCAGCUCUCCGACACCCUCACCGCCGCGCAGAAGGGAGUGAGUGCUCUGGCCACGUGCUCUUCUCAGGCGAGGGAAUGCGAGCGCAGCGCCGGCGUAGAUGAGGAGGAAGAGGAGCCAAAGGCAAAGCGGUUGUGUGGCAAUUCGUUCGACGCCGCGGGCCUGGAUGGCGAUUCUCCAGUCGCCGGAAAGGAAGCAGCUGCUGGUUCUGAUGCGGAGGAAACCGCGGGCGUCAAACUGCAGCAGGGGACGGGGGGUGUGCAGGCCUCCACGGAGGUCGCGCAGAGCACUAACUUGAAGCGGGCCAGAAAUCUGGCUGUUUCAAUGGCAAGUAGAGCAACUGCGCUUGCAAGGGAGCUCAAGAACAUCAAAUCGGAGCUGCACUUCAUGCAGGAGAGGUGCGGUUUGCUUGAAGAAGAGAACAAGAGACUCAGAGAAGGAUAUGACAACGGAGCUGCCCCUGAAGAAGAUGAUUUGGUGAGACUGCAAUUGGAGGCUCUACUUGCAGAGAAGUCGCGGCUGGCGCAGGAGAACGCCAACCUGACGAGGGAGAACCAGAGCCUGAUGCAGCUGGUGGAGUACCACCAGUUGACCUCCCAGGAUCUGGAUGACUCCUACGAGGAUGUUAUGCAGGGGAUGCGGCUUGACUUCUCGUCGCCGCUGGGGAAGAUCAGCGAUGACGAAGAAGUCCCGGUCACCCCAGCUGAGGUGCCGAGCUCCCCUGAAGAGUAGACGAAUGAUUUUUUUCAGAAUAAGAUGGGUUUUCCAAUGGUGGAAUUCCUGUCUACCUGGUGCCGCAGCAGUAUUCCAUUAUUGCUGCUUUUGUAUGUGCUCCUAACUGAUCACUCUUGGUGGUGGUUUUGUUUUUCUCGACUGAAUAAUAUUUUAUUCCAUUCUAUAUACAUUUUACAUGCUUCAGCUUCAGCCUGCAUUUUUCUUAAAAAGACCAGUCAUGAAAUUUUCCUUUCUUGAUCCAUCCAACACCAGACAAAGACCAGUGUAGUCAUGAAAUUUUCUUGAAAAGACAAUAUACGUAAGUUGUACUCAAUGCAAUGUUUUUGUUUUCAGGAAAAAAAAACACGACAAGUAUACGCAAAGCUUGAAUGAUCAGUUCACCAUUCUUUAGCCCGGUGGGUUUGAUUCACUCGGAUUGACACUUUUUACAUAGCUACAAACUAGACUGGAGAAAUAAUUUUAUAAAUUUGAGAUGACAUCUUCAGUUUAAAGUAAAAAGAGGUAUAACAAAAUUUCCUUGCUCAUAACGGCAUGUCCAGUUAUUCAGUUUGUCAGAAAUUUUGAUUGCUCUUGGAUUUGAACGUCUUUUGCUUUCUUGGAUGACAUUUGGUAUUCUCUAAUUUUUUCCUUGAUUAGUCCAAUCACAAAAUUAGUACCUUUUUUUUUGAGUUUUUGGCAUUGCUUGUUCCAAGUAGUUCAAUAACCAACUGAUGGUUACUUUCUGAACUCUGGACCAGCAAAUAUUCUGAAAACUGGAUAGCUUAGUAACCAUAAACAGAAGGUUUUCAAGGCAAUUCAUUAAGCCAUCUUUCCUUCCAGUCACAAUGUGAGAUGAAAGGUCUUCUACCCAAGAAGAGAAAAUCCAGAAGCUAAAAACUGAACUCCAACAUUGUAACAUGAGAAAUUUUACAAUGCUUGGAUAGACAUUGGGAGACAUUUCAUGUGUCUAUGAGUUGUGGGGCCAUAUGAAGGAAGGUUUUGGGAGGCAUCAAUGAUGAGGCGUCGGGAGGCGUUAGUUGUGUCUAUAUCGGUGGGCCCAUGAGUCCCGUAACGCCUCCCAAUAUCUCCCAAUACCUCUAAAAUUAAGAGGAUUAAAAAUUCAUACCGAUUUCUUUUUCGUAGUUAUUUUUUUCAAUCAAGGGUAUCAUAGCAAUUCUAGUUAGAUGAAUAUUUCAUUUAUUUUAAAGAAAAAGAAAAAAGAUGAUUAUAUUCAUCUAGCUCUAAGUUAGGGUUCCGUUCGAUCAAAUCCUCGCCGACCAACGUCGAGACGCCCUGCAGGCCGUCGUCGCCGUCCGGCUCCAUUUGCUCUCCGCCCACGGUGCCGCCUCAUCCUCCCCCCUCUCCAUCCCUUCCUCUUCAAGCUCCUGGACGCCGACCUCUCCUCCGACCCCGACCGCGCCGUGCUCGCCGCCGACCUCUCCUCCGACCCCGCGGCGUUCGCCAGGCCGCCCGUUGCCUCCGACGCCGCACGCGCCAUGCUCGCUGUAGGCCCCGUCGCCGCGGCUUCUUUCAAGCCGAUUUCAACCUCGGCCGUUCACGAAGUUAUAGCUUAAAGCAUGGCGUGGAUUUUGGUUUUCUUUCCUCCUGCUAUGGUGGAUUGGUGUUCUUGGUGUCUAGGGCCAGGAACCCGUUCCAGGCAAGUCUCUUGGACCAGCUGGAAACUUAACAGAGCAUGUAGCGGACGACGAGCUCACCUAGCUGCGCUGCAGGCACAUCUUCCACUCGACGUGCCUGGAGCGGUGACUGUGGUCCCGCGCCGACUAACAGCAGGAUGCAGAAACUGAACGAGAAUGACCAUGAGUCCAACGGUGCAGAUUACAGAACCUCCCCUGUCCCCCCCUCUAAGCUUUAACCAUGUCGCUGCUUAGUGCUUACCCCUUGUUCUGUUACUACUACAUUUUCCAUUAGACGUUGAGGGCUUGAGGCUCUAUGAGACUGAACUAUUCAUCCCUGUGCGGCUCAGCAAUUACUGUAGAUUUUAGUGUCUUUUCAUGUGUAUAUGAUGUCCUGUAAAUGCACUGUCAGAGGAGCUGGUGGGUGUUUCAUCAUCCCAGUCCGUGGAAACUCAGAAUUUUGUACCUUUUGUAUUUUAUAGCAAACUAGGUAAUUACAGUUGCACCUUUUGUAUUUUAUAUCCAACUCAGAAUUUUUCAUUGAA